GCACGUACACGAGUUACAGGCGCGCUAACAGGACGUACUUGCCCAUUCUGUUUGUAUUUCUCAUCGCACAAUGAAAUAAUAGAAUACGAAACGAAUAAAUCGCUGGUUACUUACUUGGGUACGUAGACGCCGACAAAAUAUUUACAAAAAAUUAGUCGACUGGCUUUUUUUAAAUAAAAUAUUUUUACGCAUAUAAACACGUCUUGACGUUCAAUCUGUACGGUUAUACCUACAAUAAUUCUUCGAAGACGUUAUUAUUAACCAGGCACGGAACACAGUAAUUGAAUAAAUAAAAUCAUUUUUGUUUGAUUGUUUGAAAACGAAUUAUCAUUUAUCAAUAAUCACAUCAAAUUACAUUAUUUUCGAACCAUUGGUUUACCACGGAUUUAUUUUUUUUUUUAAAUUGGCACCAAUUGGUAUUUAACCUCGAAUAGUAAUCACGUGCUUAAAAUGUUGAUAACCACUAUCUCAUAUCUACUAUUUUCAUAUCAAUAAUAUUAUCGCAAACGAUUUUCAAAAUACACAAUAUUAAUAUUAGUGGUAAAUGUGAACGAUCUUAUUUAAACGAUCUUACAGCGUAAAGUUAAUCUUGAUUUGUUUCUUUAUGUAUUUAAUUGUUAACAGUCCCCUGUAGUCAUGGAAGACUGGAAAUGUAUGAACAUUCGGACUGAAAUACUCAACGCUCUCAAGUUGAAAAAUUUCACUAAACCCACAAAAAUUCAAUCAGAGUCAAUUCCUCCUGCCAUUGAAGAUCAAAGGGACAUACUCGGAGCUGCUGAAACUGGUAGUGGUAAGACAUUGGCGUUUGCAAUACCUAUUCUAAACGGCAUACUCAAUGCUAGAUCUAAUGAAUCAAUUUCUGAAGAAUCUGACAUGGAAACAGAGUCAGACUCUGAGUUGGGUUCAGAUAAUGAGAAUGAACCAGAAGUUUUAGAAGAACUUGACGAAAAUGGAUUAGGUUGUGUAAGUGUGGUCAAUUUGCCGCCUGAUGGUUUUGUGAAACCAAAGAACAAAUUAUGGGCAAUUAUACUUGUACCUACUCGUGAAUUGGCUAUGCAAGUUAAAAAUCAUAUCGAUGAUGUGGCCAAAUAUACAGGAAUUAAUAUUGCAGCUAUUGUCGGUGGAUUAUCAAGUGAAAAACAAGAAAGACUACUGAGAAAAGGUCCAGAAAUAGUUGUUGCUACUCCAGGACGUCUUUGGGAAUUAAUACAGAGAAACGAACCGCACUUAAUGCAGUUGAAUAAAGUAAAGUAUUUUGUUAUAGAUGAAGCUGAUCGUAUGGUCGAGACUGCACAUUUUCCUGAAUUACAUCUUAUGUUGGAGAAAAUUAACUUGAAGCGAAAUAACAAACGUCAAAAUUUUGUAUUUUCUGCUACAUUAACUAUGGUUCAUAAAGCUCCAUACAGGGUGAAUAUUAAGAAAAAAAAACAUAUUAAAAAAAAUCUUUCACCAGAAGAUAAAUUGAAAAGUUUAAUACAACUUAUCGGUAUGAAGAAUCCACAUGUUGUAAACUUGACGACUGCAAAUUGUGUUACUAGUACAGUAAAAGAAAUGCAAAUAUUUUGCUCUGUCAAAGAAAAAGACGCAUAUUUGUUUUAUUUUUUGAAACGUAAUCCUGGAAGAAGUCUAGUAUUUUGCAACAGUAUAAGUUGUGUAAAAAGACUCGCAAGUAUCUUAAAUAUUCUUAAAUUAACUCCAUUACCUAUUCAUUCGAAUAUGAUUCAGAAGCAGAGGCUUAAGAAUUUAGAUAAAUUCAGAGCUAAUGAUCGUGGCUUAUUGCUUGCAACUGACGUAGCAUCAAGAGGUCUUGACAUUGUUGGUGUUAAUCAUGUAGUACAUUAUGAUGUCCCGAGAACAGCUGAAAUUUAUGUACACCGCAGUGGCCGUACGGCUAGAGCAUCAAAUAUCGGUUUGUCACUGUUAAUUUGUACUCCAGACAAAAAAAAUGUUUACCUAAAUGUAUUGAGAACUAUGAAAAGAGAAAAAGAAUUACCACGGCUUGAGAUAGAGCUACGAUUAAUCCGAACGUAUCAUGUCGUUGUAAAACUCGCCCAGGAGAUAGCUAUGUUAGAAGAAAAGUCAAAGAAAGAGACAGCCUCUACAAAUUGGUUUAGCAAAGCUGCUGAAGAAAUGGAAAUAUUAUUGGAUGAAGACGAAUUGCCAAGAGGAAUGGGUAAAGGUGAUCUUCAAAAACAUAACAAAUUGGUUAACUCUAAACGCAAACAAUUGGAUUUGUUUUUAGCUACAACAAAAUGAUUAUUUACUGGUGUUUGUUUUAUUUCAUAUGAAUAUUUUCAAAAAUAAAUGUAUUGACACUGAUGUGUCAAUGAUUAAAUAUUCAAUUAAAUUUUAUUAAAAUCAUGAUAACCCAGUCUAACUAUCAUAAUUUUGGAUUAAAUUUAAG